AUGCGUUUCGCCAUCGCCGCCGCUGCCCUCGUGGCCACUGCCUCCGCCAGCUACGCUCCUCCAGCGUACGAGGCCCCUGCUGCCCCAGCGUACGAGGCUUCCACCACCUCUGAGGCUGCCCCAGUCUACGAGACUUCUUCUUCCGUCGAGGCCCCCGUCUACCACCCGGCUCCUGUGUACUCCGCCCCAGUGUACAACACCUCAAGCGUCGAGAAGCCAACUGCGCCCGUCUACGAGACCAYUGUUGUCCCAGUGUACACCACCUACUGCCCUGAGCCAACCCACCUCACCUACGGAAGCUCCGUCUACACUGUCACCGAGGCCACCACCUUGACCUUGACCUCCGUCACUGUCACCAAGCCAGUCUACACUGCUCCAGCUGAGACCCACCCUGUCGAGUCUUCUCCCGUUGAGUCUGCUCCUGUCUACGAGACUCACCCAGUUGCUUCUUACCCAACUGCCAACGGCACCAUGGUCCAGCCAUCUGCCUCCGCUACCUACUCUGCCCCACCUCAGUACACCGGCGCUGCCUCCAAGGCAUCUUUCGGUGUUGCUGGUCUGAUCGCCGCCGCUGCCUACCUUCUUUAA